AUGUCUUCAAUGGAGAGCCUAGCACAGUUAGAGGUGUUGUGCGAAAAGCUUUACAACUCUAGAGACUCGGCUGAGAGAGCACAUGCAGAAAGUACGCUCAAGUGCUUCUCAGAGAACAGUGACUACAUUUCGCAGUGCCAAUAUAUAUUGGACAAUGCGUCAACUCCAUAUGCCUUGAUGUUGGCCAGUACAAGCUUGGUGAAGCAAGUCUCAGACCGCAGUCUUUCUCUGCAAUUGCGCCUUGAUAUCCGGAAUUAUGUCAUGAACUACCUUGCGGCAAGAGGACCUAAAUUGCAGAACUUUGUGACUAUUUCCCUAAUUCAGCUUGCAUGUCGGAUAACAAAAUUUGGAUGGUUUGAUGAUGACAGAUUCAGAGAGAUUUUUAAAGAAGCAACAGAUUUCUUAGCUCUUGCAUCUCAGGAUCACUAUUUAAUAGGAUUGAAGAUACUAAAUUUUCUCGUAAUGGAAAUGAACCAGGCGAACUCUGCAAUGCCUUUGACACUUCACAGAAAAAUUGCAACUUCAUUCAAGGAUCAGUUUCUUCUGCAGAUUUUCCAAAUUUCUCUUACCUCAUUACACCAACUGAAAAGUGAAGUACCGGAUGAGCUAAGGCGUGUUCCUAUUUCGCUUGCAUUGAGGUGCUUGUCAUUUGACUUUGUUGGUUCUCCAGUGGAUGAGAGCUCUGAAGAGUUUGGAACAGUGCAGCUUCCUGCAUCCUGGAGGCCUCUCCUUCAAGAUCCUUCCACUGUUCAGAUAUUUUUUGAUUACUACAAAGUCAAUGAUACAUCUAUUUCAAAAGAGGCUUUGGAAUCUCUUGUCAGACUUGCUUCUGUCAGGCGAAGUCUUUUUGUGGAAGACCCCGCCAGGUCCCAGUUUCUCUCACAUCUGAUGUCAGGCACCAGGGAGAUACUCCAAACAGGCCAAGGUCUCGCUGAUCAUGGAAAUUACCAUGAGUUCUGCCGUCUUCUGGGACGCUUUAAAGUGAAUUACCAGUUAUCAGAGCUUCUGAAUGUUGAGUUCUAUGGUGAAUGGCUUGGUCUCGUAGCAGAAUUUACAACUAAAUCAUUGCUAUCAUGGCAGUGGGCCAGUAAUAGCGUCUACUAUCUUUUAAGUCUCUGGUCAAGGCUGGUGACAUCUGUGCCUUACUUGAAAGGCGAUACACCGAGUCUGCUUGAUGAAACUGUACCCAAAAUUACAGAGGGUUUUAUCACUUCUAGAAUUAAUUCUGUCCAGGCCAGCUUUGCGGAUAACUCACCAGACCCAGAUAAUCCGUUAGAAAAUGCGGAAAGUCUCCAGGAUCAGCUGGAGAGUCUUCCUUAUCUUUGUAGAUUCAAGUAUGAAAGCUGUAGCCUCUUCAUCAUUAAUAUCAUGGAGCCUCUUCUACAAGCUUAUACGGCAAGGUCAAGAUUACCAGCUUCUGGAGAUGCAGCUGAGCUGUCUGUCAUUGAAGGGCAAAUUGCAUGGAUGGUCCACAUAAUUGCAGCUAUUCUCAAGAUUAGGCAGACUGUUGGUUGCAGCCAAGAUUCACAGGAGUUAUUCGAUGCAGAACUUGCGGCUCGUGUGUUACAGUUGAUAAAUAUUACUGACACAGGGGUGCAUGCACAGAGAUAUCAAGAAAUAAGUAAGCAAAGGCUUGAUCGAGCUAUUCUUAUCUUUGUUCAAAAUUUCAGAAGGUCAUAUGUAGGGGACCAAGCCAUGCAUGCUUCAAAGUUGUAUGCAAGAUUGUCUGAACUUCUUGGACUGACUGACCAUUUAGUUUUACUCAACGUCAUUGUUGGGAAAAUAGCUACAAAUCUGAAAUGCUAUGCUGAGUGCGAAGAUGUUAUUGAUCAUACUCUGUCACUGUUCCUGGAGCUUGCAUCUGGCUAUAUGACUGGAAAGCUUCUUCUCAAGCUGGAGAGUACAAAGUUCAUUAUCGCAAAUCAUUCUCGGGAAAAUUUUCCGUUUCUUGAAGAAUACAGAUGUGUCCGCAGUAGAACUAACUUCUACUACAUCCUUGGCUGCUUGGUAUUCAUGGAGGAUGGCCCAGUAAAAUUCCGAAGUUUCAUGGAGCCACUUCUGCAGGUUGCAGUUAAAUUGGAGGCAAGUGCUGAUGCUGCUUUCCGGACUGAUGUUGUAAAGUACGCAUUUACUGGUUUGAUGAGAGAUCUACGAGGCAUUGCUAUGGCCACAAACAGCCGCAGGACUUACGGCCUCCUAUUUGACUGGUUGUAUCCGUCUCGCAUGCCUCUUCUGUUGAGAGCCAUCUCCCUGCUGACUGAUGAACCAGAGGUCACCACACCCUUACUCAAGUUCAUGUCUGAAUUUGUUUUGAAUAAGGCUCAACGAUUGACAUUUGAUUCGUCAUCACCAAAUGGGAUCCUUCUGUUCCGGGAGAUUAGUAAGCUGAUUGUGGCUUAUGGUUCACGGAUUUUAUUACUUCCAAAUGGCACUAAUAUUUAUAGAAGUAAAUACAAAGGCAUAUGGAUUUCAUUGACUGUUCUUUCAAGGGCCCUAUGUGGGAACUAUGUCAAUUUUGGUGUCUUCGAGCUUUAUGGUGACAGAGCACUUGCGGAUGCCCUUGAUAUAUCUUUAAAGAUGACCCUGUCAAUUCCGUUGUCUGACAUAUUGACAUUUAAAAAGAACGUGUAUACUUGGCAUAUGCAACAGUUCGGUCAUCAGAAACUGGACCAAAAUUGUGGUGCCAAUGCACUUUCAAAAGCAUACUAUGGAUAUAUGGAAGUUCUUUUCAACAACCAUAUCACUAUCAAUUCUGUCCUCAAUUUGGACACAAGCACAUUUGUGCAUAUUGUCACCUCGCUUGAAUCUGGCUUGAAAGGAUUAGAUACAGGAAUAUCAACACAGUGUGCUUCUGCCAUUGAUAGCUUGGCAGCUUUCUAUUUUAACAAUAUAACAGCUGGUGAUAAUCCACCAUCACCAGCUGCACUGAAUCUUGCUCGACAUAUUGGGGAGCUCCCAAGUUUAUUUCCUCAGAUACUGAAGUCACUUUUUGAAAUCAUUAUCUUCGAGGAUGCGGGUAACCAGUGGAGUCUCAGUAGACCAAUACUUAGUUUGAUAAUGAUCAGUGAACAGAUGUUUAGUGAUCUGAGAGCGCAGAUAUUAGCGUCACAGCCUAUAGAUCAGCAACAACGCCUCUCACAGUGUUUCGAUAAGCUCAUGACUGAUGUCACAAGGAGCUUGGAACCAAAGAACAGAGACAGAUUCACUCAAAAUCUCACAACAUUCAGACAUGAUUUCCGAGCAAAGUGA